AUGUACAACCAUCCGCCUCCCUCGCCUCUUCUCAAUUCAUAUAGUACCCACGAUAACUUACAUGACGAUGACAAUGACGAUGACAAUGACGAUGACAAUGACGAUGACAAUGACGAUGACAACGAUGACGACACUGACGACGACAACGAUUCCACUAGUUCUCAACUCCUGCCUACAAUCACUGACAAAGGCAAACCCAAGCGCAAGCGCGCUGAUCGCGAAAGCCUCGACUCUACCUAUGCCCCUUGA